AUGCUCCAGAUCUUACAUGACUACUUCUGGUGGGAACGGCUGUGGCUCCCUGUGAACUUAACCUGGGCUGAUCUAGAAGACCGAGAUGGACGUGUCUACGCCAAAGCCUCCGACCUCUAUAUCACACUACCCCUGGCCUUGCUCUUCCUCAUCAUUCGAUACUUCUUUGAGCUUUACGUGGCUACACCACUGGCUGCCCUCCUGAAUGUCAAAGAGAAAACCCGGCUGCGGGCACCUCCCAACCCCACUUUGGAGCAUUUCUACAUGACCUGUGGCAAGCAGCCCAAACAGGCAGAUGUAGAGCUUCUGUCACGGCAGAGCAGGCUCUCUGGCCGCCAGGUAGAGCGCUGGUUCCGCCGCCGUCGUAACCAGGACCGGCCCAGUCUCCUCAAGAAGUUCCGAGAGGCAAGCUGGAGAUUCACAUUUUACCUGAUUGCUUUCAUUGCUGGCACGGCUGUCAUUGUAGACAAACCCUGGUUCUAUGACCUGAGGAAAGUUUGGGAGGGAUAUCCCAUACAGAGCAUCAUCCCUUCCCAGUACUGGUACUACAUGAUUGAACUGUCUUUCUACUGGUCCUUGCUCUUCAGCAUUGCUUCUGAUGUCAAGCGAAAGGAUUUCAAGGAGCAGAUCAUCCAUCACGUGGCCACCAUCAUCCUCAUUAGUUUCUCCUGGUGUGCUAAUUACGUCCGAGCAGGGACUCUUAUCAUGGCUCUGCAUGACUCUUCUGACUACCUGCUAGAGUCAGCCAAGAUGUUUAACUAUGCGGGAUGGAAAAACACCUGCAACAACAUCUUCAUCGUCUUCGCCAUUGUCUUCAUCAUCACCCGACUGGUCAUCCUGCCCUUCUGGAUCCUGUACUGCACGCUGGUGUACCCACUGGAGCUCUAUCCCGCCUUUUUUGGCUAUUACUUCUUCAAUUUCAUGAUGGGAGUGCUACAGCUGCUGCAUGUCUUCUGGGCCUACCUCAUUUUGCGCAUGGCCCACAAGUUCAUAACUGGAAAGGUAGUAGAAGAUGAACGCAGUGAUCGGGAAGAAACGGAGAGCUCAGAGGGGGAGGAGGCUGCAGCUGGGGGAGGAGCAAAGAACCGGCCCCUGGCCAAUGGCCACCCCAUCCUCAACAACAACCAUCGUAAGAAUGACUGA